UUUUUCUAGGUCAACCGACACUUUCUUCUAGCUUUUUUCACCUCUUUCAUUCUUCUCUGAUCAUAGCAGUUAUAUUUUCAUUUACAAAAAUAUCAACAAAGUAAGGUCAAUUUUCUUUCUUUUCCUUAGAAGUAGAUGAGAGAAGAAGAUCAGCAUUUACCUAUACGAAUAAAUUAGGUCCUUUAAUGUAAACUUUUUAUAUUUCUUCAUAUUUUAUAGUUCUAUUUGAGCCAAUCUAUCUGGUUUUAUCAGCCGUGCCAGAAGCAGAUACAAAAGCUGAUGAUGGCACAUGGCAGCAAAACUAUCAAUUUUAUUUUGACCUAAAGACAAAAUUAUAUAAUAAAUACAGAUGAUUAGGUGAUACUAUGUUGUCUGUUAAUGCUCAUCGUGUAUCUUCUUUAAACCCAAUUUGCUUUUUAAUUAUCUCAAAAUGUCUUUGAAUAUUCAAGUGUCUCUCUCUCUUGAUUUUGUGUUUGUUUGUAUCUGAUAGUAGUUGCAACAUAAGUUUUCUGACUUUUAUAUCUCUUACUUCCCUAAAAAAAAUAGUAGUAUUUUUAAAGAACAAACAUCAAGUCUUGAUUUAUAUUUAUUUAUAUUAUAGCGAAUAAGUCAUUAAUUCCUCUGUAAUUCGCAUUUCGUAUUAAUUCUUUGCACAUAGGAAGCAAAGGUAAAUGGCAUUGGAGAAAAACAAAAAUGUGGAUAAUGUGAAUUUGAAGCAGAGGAAUAUUGUCUUGGUUGAUGUUGUUGUUGUUCAUUUUUGUUCAACUUCUCGUCGUGCCUUGAAAAACAAGUCAUCAUUGGAUCGGUACUUAGAACUUUACAGUGAAUUCUACUCAACAAAGAAGAUUGAGCUCAAAGGAGAAGUUUUGAAGGGAAACUCAGUACAAGCGGUUGUUAAAGAGGCAAAGAGAUACAACGCUAUGUCCAUUGUUGUUGGAGUUAAACAUCAAAGAAAGUUAAGUCUUAAAGUAGCUAAAGGCUGCGCAAAAGAGCUUCCGCCAACAACUGAUGUUUUGGCCAUCUACAGAGGAAAUAUAUUCUUUAGACGUUCCAACUAUUACCAACCACCUCUUGCUCAAAAUACAAGUCCAAGACCAAGUUCUGAGCUUUAUAAUGGACUUUCAGACAAAGACAUCGAACUCAAAACCGAAGAAUCGACAGUUAAAAGCCGAGUUCUCGAGAUAACAAGCCAAGAGAGGAGGAGAGUUUCGGGUAGAUCGCUUUCUCUUCCACAUGUAGAGGUAAUGGACCAGAAACCAGGUUGGCCGCUGCUAAGAACAACCACUUUGGCUACUCCUGUGGUUCAACAUCAGACUCGAAAAGUCUCAGUUGUCAACUGGGUCAUGAGCUUGCCUGAACGGUUUCCAAAUCUGACUUCUCAACAAAGCUUUUGCGAUUCACAACUUAAAGACAUACUAAAGGAAAUAAACAAAUGGUUUAGCUAUGAUGUUCUUAAGACAGCAACAUCUGAUUUCUCUUCAGAGAAUCUAAUCGGAAAAGGAGGAUGUAACGAAGUCUAUAAAGGGGUUCUUGAAGAUGGGAAAGAAGUUGCGGUGAAGAUCUUGAAAUCAUCUGGUAAAGAAGCAGUGAAUGAUUUUAUUCAAGAAGUGAGAAUAAUCUCUUCUUUGAGUCACCAAAACAUCUCUCCUCUGAUCGGUAUCUGCGUUCACUACAACGACCUAAUCUCGGUUUACAAUCUCUCAUCCAGAGGAAGUUUAGAAGAAGCCCUUCAGGGUAAGCAUGUAUUGGAAUGGGAAGAGAGAUUCCAGAUAGCAAUUGGGUUAGGGAAAGCUCUUGAUUAUCUUCAUAACCAAUGUUCUAAUCCUGUGAUCCACAGAGAUGUUAAAUCUUCCAAUGUUCUCCUCUCGGAUGAGUUUGAACCUCAGCUUUCGGAUUUCGGGCUUUCGAUGUGGGGUUCAAACUCUAGUGGAUACACAAUACAAAGGGACGUGGUGGGGACGUUUGGAUACCUAGCUCCUGAGUACUUCAUGUACGGAAAAGUCAGCGAUAAAGUCGAUGUUUAUGCCUUUGGUGUAGUUUUGCUUGAACUCAUAUCAGGAAGAAUUACUAUUUCGUUUGAUAGCCCAAGAGGACAAGAGAGUUUGGUCAUGUGGGCAAUACCGAUGAUUGAAAAAGGCGAUGCAAAAGAGCUCUUGGAUCCUAACAUUUCAGGGAGUUUAGAUGAGGCACAGUUUCAGAAAACGGUUCUUGCUGCUAGAUGUUGCCUUACAAGAGCAGCUACUCACCGUCCCAAUAUCAGAGAGAUACUCAAGCUGCUAAGAGGAGAAGAUGAGGUAGAGAAAUGGGUGAAGAAAGUGGAAGAAGAUGAGGACUGUUUCGAUGACGAUGAGGUUUACCCAAAUUCGAACAAAGAUUUACACUUGAGCCUCGCCAUGCUGGGCAUUGAGGAUAAUGACUCGGUUUCAGUCGGCAGCUUGGAGAGAAGUAGCCGUAGCAUAUUUUCUUCCUCUUCCUCGCAGGAGCUUCAGUCUUAAUUAGGGAGUGUGCUUAGUGUCUCGAGUUUUCUCAGAGAUAUCAAGCUGGAUAUAAGUACUCUGACUUGGCUUUUGCUACUACCAUUGCGGAAAAGAAAUGUUUUUCUUAAGAAAAAUCAUUGAAACUAUAAAUAAAAAUAUACUCAACCAGUUACAAAAUAGAUUAUAAAUAUGAUUAGUUAUACAAUUUUUGAUAAAUUCAAAAAUUACCCGAAAUAUAACAAUAUGUUAGAAACUGAAACAUCAAAAAUUCAUUAAAACAUCUCAUAUUUCACAACAGAAAAAGUAUAUUAGAUAUAUUAAUAGUCCUAAAAGAGGAUAUGUUCUACAAUGUCUUAUAUAUUACAAAAUCUCUAUAAAAUUAUUUGAGAUCUUAGUCUCUUAAGCUUCGUAGUCAUGUUAAUUACCACAAUAAUCAGUUACAUUAGGUAGUUUUAAGAAUUAAAAUUAUGUAAUUGUCACUAUUAACAUUGCUAUUUUAGUUUUUAUAAAUAACUUUUAUUUUAUUUUUCUAAAUAUAUAUAUAUAUAAGAAAAUAUUUCCAAAAUAAUCUGGGGUGUUUUUUUUUUAAAGUCAGCAAUAUAUAAGUACUUGAUUAGUAAGCAUUAGUUUACAUAUAAUUACUUUUAAAAACUGUUGUAGUUUCUUCUAUCCUUAGUAUGAAACAACAUAUAUCAAGUUAUAUAAAUUUUUAUAAUAUAUAUUUAAAAUUAAGAAAAAUAAUCAAACUAAAUGAAAAAAAAAACAAAACUAUUCACAUUUUAGCCUAAAUAUA